GGAUGAAGAGCUCCUUUUUCUCGCCCUCUCCACGUCUCUUGGUAUGCAAAGCAGUGCGUGAAUGCAGGUUUGACUGAGCUCCAAAAACUCACCCAGGAAAUCCCCCUUCACCUCAGCUGCUGCACCAGUAAAGGCCGCUUAACAUGAAUUAGAUUCUCGUGGGUGUGUGGGGCUCUGGCUCGGUGUAAUUGCAUAAUCUCGGAGCCCACUACAGAGGGCGAUUCUUUCACGCAUGUCGUUUCUCGUCAGUGUCUGCAGACGCUGCCCUGCUCCUCAUGUAGGAGGCUAUUAGGACACUCACACAACUGUCUCCGGGAGACGAGACGCACUUGACUCACAGCCUGCAGCCCAGGAUCUGGAUCCUGGUCCUGCCUGCAGCCGAGGUGUUGUUGUUUCUUCUUGCUCAGAUGUGGAGUGGCUGGGAUGACGCAGGAGCAGAUUUAUUCCCACACAGAAAUGAUUAUUGAUGCUUUUAUCCCCGAAGGCGUCUAAUUAUUAAAUCUGGGUAAUCAGAUUAUAUUUCUAAGCUGAUUUCUCCUCCACGCCUUGCUCUCCUCGCCCCCUCCCUCUGCAGAUGUUUCCUCUCUCAGCACCUUCUCGGGACUAUUUACCUUUGCGGCUUCUGUCUGCAGACACAGCUCGGCUCUCAGACACACCGGCCGCCCGCCGCAUCAUUCUGCUGAUCCCAGCACCUUUCGGUUAUUAAGGGAAGCACCAGCAACCCUCCCUGAUAUCGGUACCCUCCUCCUCCUCCUCCUCCUCCCUCCUUUUUUUCCUUUUUUUUAUUCUGUUGCCAAUCGCCAUCCCACGACAGCCUACCCGGAGGAAAGGAAAGGGAGUCGGGGAGGGGAAAGCGAGGACACACCCGCACAUACUGUACCCGGUGUUAGGCGGCGAGGAUGCUGCAGACAACAUGAGGUGAAGAAGACCAUCGGCUGCCCUACAUUGGAACUUGUGUGUUUUUUUUCCCUUCUCCUUCUGCUCUGAAGGCUGAGGAGCUCGUUGCCGCAGCUGGUUGUUCACCAGAGUGUCCAGCAGGAGCUUCAACUCGCAGCAGAUAUGAAGAAGAUGUCUGCAGGUAUGUAUGAAAUCAGGAUCGAGCAGCUUUACCUUCACCUGCUGUGAAUAUUUAGAGGAUCUUAUGAUGAUUCAGACUCAGAGCAUGCAGGUGUAAACGUGUUGCUGUGUUCAGACUGCCAUGGUUCUUCUUUUGUAACGCAGAGAAGAGAAACAGUUUUUUCUCCUGGAGCCUAUUUCCCUCUAUGGAUCAAUUAUUUAUAGACGUUUUUGAAUAUUUCAAAGCCAGGCACCAUUUCAAGACUAAAACACUCCGGCAAAAACUAAACUAAACAUGUGAGUGUGUGUGUGUGCGCUCUCUCUCCAAAUCUUCAAAUGCAAAUGUGUGUGUUCAGACUGCUGCAGUGGUUUUAUUCUAUAGACGAGAAGAUGCUGCUGCUGCUGCUGUCAGGAUGUGUUGUGGUGCCUGCUGCAUUGCCAUAUUCAUGCAUGGCUUCAUAGUCCCAUUCAUUUCAGCGGGUUUGUUCCAUUGCAGCAGAUCACCGCUCUAAUUUAUGAGCCUCUGUAGGUUUUUACGAGCCUCUCUGCUCCUGAGUUUACCUGCAUUGGAGCCAUUUAUAUGCAAGGCGGACGGUUUAUUUGCAUAUGAAGUCAGGAGUAGGAGUGUCAAGUUUUCAUGAUUCAUUUCUGGAUCCGCCGCCUGCUCACGACCACACAACUUUCUCAUCAGAUCUAUGAGUGUGUGCGUCUUCGUUCUCAUCCAUCCUCACGUGUUUGUUGUCGGUUCCUGACGUCUGAAGUAUGAAGUGCUGAAUCAUGUCUCCUCCAGCUGACCUGACCUUGUUGUCUUCUGUUUCCUCUCUGUUCUACAUGCAGUCAGAUCCUAGGUGACAUCCUGUGGCCGUCAGGUCUUUACGCUGUUGAGCCCCCUCCCUCUCCUGACCCCUGCCUGCAGUUCUCCAGGCUGCAGGACCCAGACUCACUGAAAAGUGCAGGCCCCCUCCCCCUGCAGAAUGACUGUUGCCACAGGCGACCCCUCUGACGAGGCGGCGGCUCACCCGGGGCACCCGCAGGACUACGACCCGGAGGCCGACCACGAGUGUUGCGAGAGGGUGGUCAUCAACAUCUCAGGGCUGCGCUUUGAGACUCAACUGAAAACCCUCUCCCAGUUUCCAGAGACUCUGCUGGGGGACCCCAAAAAGAGGAUGCGCUACUUCGACCCGCUGAGGAACGAGUACUUUUUCGACAGGAACAGACCCAGCUUUGACGCCAUAUUGUAUUAUUACCAAUCAGGGGGCCGGCUAAGAAGGCCAGUCAACGUCACCCUCGAUAUUUUCUCAGAGGAGAUCCGCUUCUACGAGCUGGGCGAGGAGGCCAUCGAGAUGUUCCGGGAGGACGAGGGUUUCAUCAAGGAGGAGGAGCGUCCUCUUCCCGAUAACGAGUUUCAGAGACAGGUGUGGUUACUCUUCGAGUAUCCCGAGAGCUCAGGUCCCGCUAGGAUUAUCGCCAUAAUCUCCGUCAUGGUCAUCCUCAUUUCUAUCGUCAGUUUCUGCCUGGAGACCCUCCCCAUUUUCCGCAACGAUGACGAUGACAUGCACAAGGCUCAUUCGAAAGUCUUCUCACCUGAGACCAACACCACCAUCAUCAGCUACACCUCCACCUACUUCACCGACCCCUUCUUCAUCCUGGAGACCCUCUGCAUUAUCUGGUUCUCCUUUGAGUUCCUGGUGCGCUUCUUCGCCUGCCCCAGUAAGGCGGGCUUUUUUGGGAACAUUAUGAACAUUAUUGAUAUCGUCGCCAUCAUCCCGUACUUUAUCACUCUCGGCACAGAGCUCGCAGACCGGCCCGAGGAUGGUCAAGCGGGUCAGCAAGCCAUGUCUUUAGCCAUUCUCAGGGUCAUCCGAUUGGUACGAGUCUUCAGAAUCUUCAAGCUCUCUCGCCACUCCAAGGGUCUGCAGAUUCUGGGUCAGACCCUUAAAGCCAGUAUGAGAGAGCUCGGUCUGCUCAUCUUCUUCCUCUUCAUCGGAGUCAUCCUCUUCUCCAGCGCCGUCUACUUCGCCGAAGCGGACGAGCCGGAGUCGCAGUUCGAGAGCAUCCCGGAUGCGUUUUGGUGGGCCGUGGUGUCCAUGACAACGGUCGGCUACGGCGACAUGGUCCCGACUACAAUCGGCGGCAAGAUCGUGGGUUCCCUCUGUGCCAUCGCGGGUGUGCUGACCAUCGCCCUGCCUGUGCCUGUCAUCGUGUCCAACUUCAACUACUUCUACCACCGUGAGACGGAGGGCGAGGAGCAGGCGCAGUACCUCCAGGUCAACGUGCCCAAAACCGACUCGGCCGAAGAGCUGAAGAAGAGCCGCAGCGGCUCCACCAUCAGCAAAUCGGACUAUAUGGAGAUCCAGGAGGCUGUGAACAACAGCAACGAGGACUUCCAGGAGGAGAACCUCAAGACGGCCAACUGCACACUGGCCAACACAAACUAUGUAAACAUCACCAAAAUGCUCACAGACGUGUAGCCGCCAUCUGCUUCUUUCCUCGCCAUCACUGCGGGACUCGUGGAGCUGAGCAACUGGACGGGACAGGUGUGCAGCCUCCCACCUCACAAGUGCUGGAAAAAUCAAGGCAAUAGAAAUCAGGAUGUUGACGAUGAUGAUGAUGAUGAUGAUGAUGAUGACUGUAGACAUGGGAAAAAAAAUACUGCAAAAGACCAUCUGCUCACGAAAACAACAUCAUCCUCUCACUCCGAACCCCUGAAACUCCUCCUAACUGUUACACAGAGUGAAAUCUUCAAUUUUGCAUUUCUGCAUGGAGUUGGCUUCGUCUGUGUGGCUGUUAUUCAACAAAAAAUACUCCAAAAAGUCCCCGCUCACAACAGUAGCCAACCGUAGUGCACAGAAAAAAAGAAAACAGGAGAAACGAUGCAAGAAAAAAAAACAAAAAACGUUGCAUUUAAAAAGAUAAAGAAGCAACACGACACAAAUCCUGCUUCGCCCCCCCCUCCCCCGUGUCCCCCAAUCCCUCAUUCUCUGCCAUGCGCUUUCUGAAGAGUCGUACCUGCGCGCUACAUAUGCUGCUUCCUGGAGCCAAUGACACAAAAAAAAAACUGUCUCAUGUUUAGAAAUAAGAGUCUUCUGCGGCGACUCGAGGUGACGAGGUUGGUGGUUACGUACACCACGUUAUUUCAAGGAUGAAUGACAGCCAUCGGCGCUAUAAGCUCAUGGUUCGACGCCUUUUUUUUUUUUUGUUUCCCAGCAGGCAUCAGUAUCUGAUGAAUGACUGAGGAUGGCCUUGACUUUUUUCACUGCUUCGGUCUUACAUGUACUGUAUGUAUUUGCAAUGCAAGCUUCCCCCCCUUCAUUCACCCAAAACUGGUCUUACUGCAGAGCUUUGAGGACAACUUGAAUGUCUUGUUUGGUUUGUUUUUCACGUUUUUUCACGCUCACUGAGGACUUAUUCAUAUAGAUAAGAAGGUUAACUGUGACUUAACUGAUAGCCAGUAAGUAGGUAGGUGCUGUUAGUCGUAGUCCGUAGAUAAUUGCAUGACAUUUUUAAUCUGAAUGAGAAUUUUCCAAUCGUUUCUCGACUGCCACUUUGCUUCAUCACGACACUGUAUAUUUGUCUGUACACUGCCUUCGACACAGAUUCUCACUUUGACAAAGGAUGCCUGCAGGUAGCUGUUUCCAGAGCCUAAAGCUGUAUGUUAGAGGAUUUCUUAAGGAAUAAAUCAAUAUUAACAUUCCAUGUAGACGUCAUCUGCCGUUUAAAACCUUCGCCAGGUCGCUGUAAAACGUAUCGCCGCCGCCGCCGUCGGGCUGUGACUCACACCCUAGUUUUUGGACUUUAAUCCGAGCUGCAGAUGUGACAGACUCGCAGCGCUGUCUUCUUCUUCUUCUUCUUCUUCUUUUAUUUUCUCACGGGUUUGUCACACGAUCACGUCCUCAUGAUCAAAAAUAGCAGCCUUUAAGGACUCGUGUUUGGAUAAUAACGCUUCCCCCCUGAACUGCCUCUUCAUCCGGGUUUACGCCGCUCUCCUAGUGUUGCAUGACUCAAAGACAUUCCUAGCAGCAUGCAUUUAAGCUCAAAAAAGACGCCUCUGAGACAAAAAAGUCGAAUUAAUACAAUAGAUAUAUUUAUUUCUUAUAUAUAUAUUUAAAAUAUAUGUAUACAGACUACACAUAUCAAUACACUUUUCCAGAGAAUUAAAAGAAAAACUUAAAAAAGCAACGUCAAGAGAAAACAAGAGCCUUUCCACCACAAACUCAGAUCAUUGACAUCGUUUUAUUUUCAAUGACAGGUCGGAGCGCAGGCUCCCGUUUACGAGUCUGUUCAGAGUGCCAAAGAUUCACUCGAACACGCCCCUUUUUCUGCAGUUAUACCGACUCAGACAAAAACCGAUACUGAUACAGAUAACAGAGCCGAUAUCGAUACCAACACUAACACUGAUAUCAUCCUCCAGUGAGGACGGCAGUGAUUCUUAGUAGGGGUGUAACAAUUCAUUCAGAGCAUCGAUUCUUCUAAAGACGUCACAUUUACACAUUGACCAACGUUCUGGGCGCGCACCAGCUGCACCAAGAUGGCUGAUGGCGGCGUUGAACCGAACCGAAGGUGUCCUUGAUGAGUCAGCAGCUGUUUACAGAGAAUGCACUUAGACUUGGGGCAUGGUAGGGCUGGGCGUUACGGCCUCAAUAUCACGAUUUAUUGAUCAGUUCACCUCGAUAACGAUAAAUGGAUGAAAACUACUCCACAAGCAGCUCGCCCCCUCCCACAUUAACUUCGUCUGUUUUUAUUUAUUGAUUUUUUUGACACCGAAUAUACCGAUGUGGGCAAAAUGCUGUUGGUUAUUGUCAUAAAUUUAUCUAUACAUUUUUCUGUUUAUCGCCCAGCCCUAGAGUAUGGUACUAGUUACAAAAGCCAAGCUACAUCCUCGUUUAGCAGAGCAGCAGCAACGCCAGCAGCCCCAGAUCUCAGGCAUCACUCCUGUCUUUACUUUGAUUCACGGAGGGCUAAAGCUAAAACCACAGCCAACGCCAGAGUUCUCUGUCAAAGACGCGGGACCACCGAAAUCUCAGCCUAAAACCGCCCACACUGCGUCCAUCAUGUGAUAUCAUAUUGAUAUCAUAUUGAUCAUGAUUGGAUAUGAAAAGCUAACUUUUAGAUGAGUUCAGUCUGGUGAAAACGUUAAAGCACUUAACUGCGUAGAACCGAACGCCAAGGAUUCUCCGACCUUCACUGUAGCCAGCUCCACUGCGAUCUUGACUAAACUCGUAUUGAUUGAUCUAUUUCCAAUCCUCAAUGAACCGAUAUCGUCCUUGUAUUGUGUUGUUACACCCCUAUUGCUUUGUGGUUCGGGCAGUAAAUUCAUAGAUCGGAUAUUGAAAUAAAUUCACCACUAAAAACAGGUAACAAAAACGUCAUUGUGAAAGCAGAGACUGUCCCGUUAGUCGCUCACUCUUUUCCAAGUAUAAUAGGUAUAUUUUUGUAAUGCAUUAUUAUUGUACAGGCCCGUAUUAAUGUCUCGGUAUAGGGAGGAACACAUUUGAUAUCCGUACAUCUCGAGCAUCUCCAAAAACAUUGUCUCACCAGCACACCUCACACACACACACACUCACUCACAACCUGGAUUAAAUUCUACAAAGUUUACUGCGAUUCGUCCAAAACUGCCUGCUGUGAAGUUAGCGUUGAAAGGCAGGGCGUUGUCCAAAAACCCUGUUUGGUUCCUGACCAGAGUCUUGAUUCAGAAAGCUUUCUUUUUUGAUUGCUGUUAAAUUGGUCUGAAUUUCAAUGAAGUCUGGUUGGAGGGAGCUCAAUCUGUCUUUAAACGCUGGCAUCAACGUUAAAUUAUGUUCUGAUUCUAGGAUUGCGUCCAGCUGAGACUUUCCACCGUUUGCUCAACACUGCCAAAGUAACCGUUAAAGGCAGUUCUGUCGAUACAGGAAGUGAUCAUUAGCAGCAGUGUAGCAGAUAUUGGCGAACCUAAAAGGGUCCUCUGAUUUUUCACUCCGGAGUCUUUUGCCUUCCUACAUCUUUCCACGGAUGUCUUAGGUAGUUAGAGAGGUGACGGGUCAGGAGAAAGUCUGUAGCAAGAACAGUGGAAACGAAUUCUGUCAUGCCAGGAUGUACAUCUUUAUUCUUAGGGGUCUUGUUCUGCUCACUACAGUCUUCAGCCUGCAGUAGCAAAAUGUCUUUACGCCAUCGCUGCCAAUAUGUGCUCAGGACGCCUCGUCACACUGCCUGACGUGAGGCUUCUGAAGUCGUCUCUCUCUGUGUCCAGUUUGGUGUCUGCUUUCAUGAACCCUGAGAGACUUUUUAAGAGAAUUUGUUGCUUUCUUAAGAGUAGCAUGGAGGCGGUCUGAGAUGUUGAAACGGUCUUUAACUCGAGGUCGGACCAGGUUUUCGCAGUUGUUUAGCAAUAUCCCCGUCAUCCUUUAGUGGAGGGGUCUGUGUGGAGAGCGCAUGGAUGUUUGUUUAUAAGAAAGAAUGAACCUUUAUGGACCUCCACAGUCCAAACGAGAUGUAAUUGAUCAUCAGUCGAGUAUUGAUGUGGGUGUGUUGAUGCAAAGCAGUGUGUGUGUGAACAAGAGAGAGAGAGUGUGUGUUUGUGUGUUUGUGUGUUUGAGAGAGAACCACUGAAUGUCAGUGUCUUAGCCUGCUUGUACAGCUGCAUUUAUGCAACAGCCAUUUGCAUAUCUGUAUAUGUGAAAAAAAACAACAAACACUCACAGUCUGACCAAAAAUAUUUGUCUAUGCAUGCAGAUGCAUUCUAUCUUCCUGUCUUCAUUGCUUUGUUUUCGGAUGGAUAUGUGGGAUGAAAAUUUGCAGAUUCAUUUUUUUUUCUGUUUUAUUUGAGAUCAGGCACGUUACUGUACCUCAGCCAAAUUCACUGUAGCAACUCAUGGGUUCAUGACCAUCAUCUCUGCUUAAAGCACAAAGACGAGUCGAAGCAUCCUCAUCUGUAAACCUGCAGAUUUAAUCUGUUUAAAAAAACGAGUCAAAGCUAAUAAUCAUGUUGUUGUUUUCAUGCAUUAAAAAAAAAAAAAUCAUCUCUCACCUAACGAGGGACCCACCAGCAGAUCCACUCCAUAAGAAAGGAGCCCAAACAGUGAAUCCACUGAGAAAUCUAUGCAGAGAGCGGUUAUGAGCUGGUAGUUGGGAAGGUUGAAGUUCAUGUUUUUUUAUUUUGUUUAAUUUUGGCACUUAAAAAAAAAAAGAGCUGGUGAUGCAUUUAUACGAGAGAGGAUAACGGGGCCACAUGAAGAGAACAAAAAUAACUACAGGAAGGAGAUUAGAGUCGAAAUUUCAGGAUUAAAACAAUGAAAUUUGAGAUUAGGUGAUAUUUUGAGAUUACAAAAUGUUGUAAGAUCAAGAUUUAAAAAAAAGAAAUUAUGUCUGUAAAGUAAAAAUUUUGUGAUUAAAAAUUGAAAUUUUGAGAUUAAUGUCGAAAUGUCGUUAAUAGUGUCUAAAUUUUGAGAUUAUGUCAGUAAAGUCAAAAUUCUAAAUAAAAAAAUCUAAUUUCUAGAUUAAAGUCAAAAUUUUAAGAUUACAAAGUGUCGAAAUUUCCUGAAUAAUGUUAAAAUUUCAAGAUAAAAAAAGUACAAUUUUGCGAUUAAAGUCAAAAUGUCGAUUUAGUCACGUAAUUAAAUUUUUUUUUAUCUUGAAAUUUUGACUUUAAUGUAGAAAUUUCGAUUUUUUUCAUUUCGACUGUUAUCUUGAAAUUUUUUACUUUACUCUCAAAAUUUCUACUUCAAUCUCAAAAUUUCGACUCUAAUCUAAAAAUGGAAAUUAAAGAAAUCUCCCUGCUGUAAUGUUCUUGUCUCUUUUUGCGUCCCUAAUCCUCUCUCAUACGUUUCAAACCGACCUCUGAACAGACUCUGUGAUGUUCCCGUUGAAUGUGAGCUGAAUGUGAAGAUGAUCCGUCUGAGCUUUGGGUCGGUUUGAUCUGCAGAGUCAGCUCUUUUGAAAACCAGGCUCCUACAUUAGAAAGAAAAAAAAGAAACAAACAUACGGGAAACAUGAUAAUCAAUAUGCAAUCUGUAUGCAUGUGUGUGUUUGAGGAGGUUUUCUUUUUCGUGUGGCAUCCACUGACACCAUCUGUACAGUCACUCACCCCCUGUUAUGAUCAUAGAGGCCUGAAAUCAUCCAUCUUCAUUGGUACAGUGGAUUACGGAUUUUCUUUCUAUGAAAUGAAAUGUGAGAGAAUAAUGUAAAUAUAACAACCAAUGGAUGGUGGAGCACAAACCAUGUACUAUACUCUGUAUGUGAAGUCUGGAUUUUAAAACCAUAGUAUUAUCUGCACUUUACGAGACAAAAAGGACAAUCUAUGGACAAGAAAACAUGUGAAUUUAAAAAUGCAUAUUAUCCUUCCAAAUGAUCAUAACCCUGACUAAGUAAUAUCAAUAAUGAAGCCAAUAAUAAUUCAACUGAAACUGUC